ACACAUGCACACACUCUCUCCAGGCUCUCGGGUGAUUCUACUCUUAUAAGGAUCUUCAGCUUCACACACACACACACACAUACACACACACUCAUGGAUCAGGAUCAGCAUAAAGAGGGUGUCAGUGCAGAUGCUGAACUGGCGACUGCGAUCAUGAAGAGACACUUUCGUCCGUCUCUGAUAAAGACAGAAGCAUGGGAAGGCUAUGAGUUUGCAGACAAGGAGAUCAAGAUCACAGAGUCGACAGACUGCUACGGGGCCGUUCUGUGGCCCUCUGCUAUGGUGUUGUGUCACUUUUUGGACACUCAUCGUGACCAAUACAACCUGCUGGACAAGAACAUCAUUGAGCUCGGUGCUGGAACUGGACUCGUUACCAUAGUGACCAGCCUCCUCGGAGCACAGGUGACCUCCACUGACCUGCCAGACGUCCUGGCAAACCUGAGGCACAAUGUGAGUCGUAACACCAGAGGGCGCUGCAAACACGAACCGCAGGUGACGGAGCUGGUCUGGGGCCAGCAGCUGGAGGAGCGAUUCCCCCGAUACACCUGUCAGUAUGACUACAUCCUGGCGGCAGAUGUGGUGUACUCUCACCCAUACCUGCAGGAGCUGCUGGAGACCUUCAUACACCUGUGCUCCGACCACACUGUCAUCCUGUGGGCCAUGAGGUUCCGUCUGGACCCAGAGAACCGCUUCGUCCACACCUUUCAGGAGCAUUUCCACCUGGAGGAGCUGUACGACCUGCCCAGCCUUAGCAUCAAACUAUACAGAGCACAUAGACGAUAACACACACACACACACGCAUACACGCACGCACGCACGCACACACACACACACACACACACACACUGAUUCCACAUCAAUUCUGUUUACGAUUAGAUUUAUGUUUUACACUUUGAUUUAUGUUAGAUAAUCAGUAUUAAAUGUAUAUUCUUUUACACUACAAGGCUGUUGAAUAAGCAUUCUAAGGUGUUUGGUUAUUGUCAGAUAACGGAGCAGCUAAAGUAGUUCCGGCAGGCUUAGAGCAGUUCCAUAUCACUCCGCUGAAUGAUUAGAGUUAUUUCACAGCUACAACAGUCAGAAAUCAUAUCAGAACACAACAGAAGGAGGAGGAGGAGAUGAGGAGGACACUAGUGCUACACACAGGAGCAAAAUCCUGACUAAUAAACCCUCAGAUAAAACAUCUCAGCAGUGGAUUUACUGGAGACCAGAUCACCUCCGGGAUGGUGGAUUAUAAGCGAAUAAUCCACACUUGAGGAGUAACACACACUCCACUUCCCCACAUCAACACCCCAGGUGUGUGUUAUUUUCUAAUCAUUCAACAGCUUGUUGUAAAUGAUUCCCUUUCUCUCUUUUUUUAACAAGUCAAUGGGAAGUCAGUGGAAAUCAAAAAUAUUUCUUACAGAAGAGUCGUGUUUGAACAAUAAAUGGUGAACUUUGA